AUGUCGUCUGCGAAGCCGAAGCCGAAGACCGCGGGCAAGGAUGGAAAGCCGAAGAAGGCGAAAGGUGUUUCCUCAGAAGACGCUCGCUCAGUAGACGUCCCAGACAUGGUGUCUCCAGCGGGAGCCAAGGGGGAAAGUGAGAAUACGGAUGAGAGGAUCAUGUCAAAGGAGGACGCCGAUAUUUGGGAUUCGGUGACGAACCAAUGGUCGGAAGUCAGCCCUGCAAAGCUCCUUGAGCUCGAUCGUCGGGCGCAGGACGCGUUUCUCGGAACGAUGAAGUUCAACAUCAUCGACAGGAAGUCCAUUUCACCACAGUUUGGGAAAUACAACAAUCGCCCGCUUGACGAGGGGGCGCUAUUCCGCCUAAAGGAGAAUGUUACUAAGCGGCACGCACACGGCUUCCAGAGCGACUCGCACCUCUUAUUCGCUGUGGACAAGGACCACUUACUACACAGCCCUGCCCCUGUCGGAGAUGAACUGCUCGGGGAUCGUCUCCCAGAGCUGCGCUUCAAGGAGACGAUACAGAGGCCCGUUAACGUCGUUGCAUUGGCGGGACAGCAUCGUCACCGUAUGGCCAACGAUCUCUACAAUAUGUGGGGAGAGGAACUUGCGGCGCUCGAGGACGCUUCAGCCAAGUCGGACGACGAAGCAGAGUCGGAGGAUGGGAAUCAAGACUCCGUUAGGAGUGUCGCGAGUGAGAGGAGCAGGGAGGGGAGAGCAGUGGAACUUGAGAGGAUGAUGGCUGAGGUGCAGUGGUGGGGAGUUCGGUUAUACGAUAUUCACAAGCUCACCGCGGACGAUGAACUGGCAAGGCAUUUGUCGCGAAACGAUGCGAAGGCACGGCAUGGAGAAACGUCGGAAGAGUCGAUGAUACAGAAGUUGGACUCUAUUCGGCGAGCCUUCAUGGAGCUUGGAAUGGACGCGUUCAUGAAGAAGCAUCGACUCCUUACCGCCACAAAGCUCAACGUGAACUCUUCGAUGUCAAGAAUCAUAAUGAACGUCUAUAUGCUUCUCAUGGUUAUCUCAAUGACUCGAUUUGGCGUACACUUUCGCUCUCAGCCAGAGUUCAAAGUCUCGUGGCUUCGCAACCUCAGCGACACACACGGAACGCUACUUUCGUGGAUCUUCAUUCGACAGUGUGAUCGUCUGGCACGAGUCGACUGCGUAUAUACUCUAGAGGAGAAGAGGCGAACUACCGGCACCCACGACGGACCGCCCGUCCAAUCGUCGUCCGACAACUCCGAGUCCUCGCAAAGUGGCCGGUGCGGGUGGCCUUCUUUCUACAGUAUUCGCAAGGCGAUGAACGCCUACGAGAAGGGAACAGGCACCGCAUUCAGCGCGGACGAGCUCGCAACGCUUGAAAUGAAGUUCUGUCGAGGACGCGAGCGAUUCCACGGCAUCUUCCAGAACGACGAUAUUCUCCGAGAGCUCGACGACAUCUACGUGAAGACUUUUCGUCGCGCGGAGAAUAUGUUUCUCAUGCUGGGUAUAGACGUACAAGAGUACAAGAGUACGCUGAUAGAAUACCGCGAUCAGGUCGUCAAGGCUAUACGGAAUCGCUUUAUCCCUCUGGAGAGGGAGAUGUCUGCUCACCGGAAGGCAGAGACACAGAACCGUCCACUGCCUAACGUCUCUGAGGCUGCCCUCAACUACGACCAGAUGCUUUCUCGUGUUUACUACAGCCUGUCAGUGCGCGACGACCACGAAGACAUCAUGCCAUUGCCGUUCAUGACGAUCAGCCUGUUUCGCGAUCUACAUAAGGCGUUCAGUCGGACUCCAAGGGCUAUCAAGGAGGUCGCUGGCUGGUUUGAAGGCCUUCACUGGUACUACCAGGGAAGCAACGCAGCCACGCAGGAUUUUAACGAUGCGACGAACGCCAUGUUCAUCGCCGUCAAAUAUUGGACGCAAAAUCACCUCACGGACAACCAGCAGCAGUCCAUUUUGGAUCAGAUCGCAGCCGUCUUCAUUCUAGGGAAGGCCCUCCUCCUACCAAAUGUGGAGAUCGAGUUAUCCGCUGCAUCCAUCACUCGACCGACGAAGAAGGACAUUAUCAAGAAGAUGGCUGCGUCGUCAGCACACUGGAAGGACGGUCAGGGUCUAUGUCUCUCACCAUCCGAAGAAGCCGACAACUUGGCGGAGCUAUUCUGGUUCUGGUCGGAAGACAAGGGAACGUAUAAGGCCUCCGACCACCUUCAGGGCCUGCUGUACAAGAUCGGCGCGAAGGCGUUGCCACGUUCGGGGUACCCUACAUCUCUUCCUACAAAUCCACUUGGACAUAGACUGAUCCUCCGUGGCACGAGUAAGAAGGACUUACGACACUGGGAAAAUCGCCGCAAGAAAUCCUUCGAGUGGCUGUAUUCCGCUGCGCUCAUCGAGGAUGCGAUAGCCCAAGCAUGUCAUAAUCAAGUCGACAUGGGGAACUCGUUCUUUGCCCUGCGACAUCUUCUGUGGGACGCAAUGAACAUGUUUUACGACGAAGAUGAACUCCCCACCAAGGGUUUCGUCUUUUGGGACGACGAUAUCGAUGAGCCGGAUGACUUCGACAUCACGAUACAUGGGUGGACAUCUGUGACAGAGAUGAAGAUCACGCUUAUUGGAAGUGCAUUGCAGAGUACUCAAGGGACUGAGACAGAGCGCAAACAGCUUCAAGAUCUUGUGUCGUCGCUUGAAUCCCAUGCGCUUGGGAAAUACCGUCUCACUGCAGACGGAAGGUUCAACAAAGCACAGGCAAUUUCGUUGGAGUGGACAUUAGCUAUCGACGCGAUCAAACAGGCGAGUAAUACAAUACAAAUCUAUGAUUCAGGAGUCCUGAACAAGUCCUGGAAGAGUGGCACGUCGGAGAGUCUGCCCUUUAGUCGAGGUGCCAUCGACUACUAUCCUGUUGAGCAACGUGUCGGGCAUGAGUCCCAUUCUGCGAGUGUUGGGACGAUAUUUCGCUGGCCGAAGCGUCCUGGCCUUGACGGCGAACUGCUCGCUGUUGAGGGAGAGCGCAGCUAUAUCAAUCAGCAAAACGGUGAUCGCCCAGCAAAGGCGCCAGUGCCAACCAAACGACGCAACACAGAUGUCGAGGACCCUGUACGAGCUACCGCAACCACAGUACGCGUACGUCAACAAUCUUCAACAAUCGCAAGCUCUGUGGACGUUUACGACAGCAAUGCGGAUGGAGAAGGUGACACCGACAGUGAUUUCGCCAACCAUGAUGAGCCGUACUUGGAGAUGACUACUCCGAAGAACAUGGCAUCGAGCAAGAGUGGUGGUUCGUUGGGGACGGAAAACGAUCAUAAUGGAAAGAAUGAUGAUGUCCCUCUGGUCGAGUUACGAAGUGCGGAACACAAGCAUCGGACAGAUAUUGCGCCCGUACAGCCCAUGCAGAUUGGUAACGCUUCGACAGACAGUGCGCGCGUCGAGCCUAUGCAGAUCGUCAAGAAAUCCAAGUAUCCAUCGCAUGCUGAGGACAAUUCCGCCCGACAGAACUCCACCAGCAAAUGGCAGCCAGAUGUAUUUCUUGACUCAUUCUCUGAUGAUGAGCAAGAACAGCCAGUCACUGCAUUGAAGCAAAAGCCAGUUGUCGAUGCUAGGAAUGGGACGAAGACACGGGAGAUACGUCUGGACUCAAAGACGAGCAAGGAGUAUGUUUCAGAUGCUACAGUGGUACCGUCAAAGCGGGGGCACGACAAUAACGGAGGCGCGACGAAUGAUGGAAAGCGGCAAAGGGUUUCUCCCGAGCGCCCAAGCACCAGUAAAUUGUCGCGUGCUCAAGACAAGAAGAAUCUGGCUUCCAGUCGAGCUACAGGAACGUCGCGUGGCUCAAGGGGAGCUCCGAAUACUGUGUCGGACGAUGAAGAUGAGCUUUUGAGUUUCACGCCUGUCACAGAACCGGCGAUGAAGAAGAAAAAGAAAAGCAAGAAUGCGGAAAAGGUGAAGAAGACUGUUUCUGAUAUCUAG